CACAUCCUGACUUCAGGGGCGGUCCGGGUGGAGGGCUCGGCGCUCUGCAAGUUGUGCCUGGCGUUCAAGCGGCCGGUGUCCAGGGGCCUGGAGAGUCCCAGUUCCGAGCGGGAGCUGAGAGGAGGCGGAGAUGGCGUCCCAGCCGCCGCCUCCCCCGAAACCCUGGGAGACCCGCCGGAUUCCGGGGACCGGGCCGGGACCAGGACCUGGCCCCACUUUCCAAUCUGCUGAUUUGGGUCCUACUUUAUUGACAAGACCUGGACAACCAACACUUACCAGAGUGCCACCACCCAUUCUUCCAAGGCCAUCACAGCAGACAGGAAGCAGCAAUUUGAACACUUUCAGACCUGCUUACAGUUCAUUUUCUUCUGGAUAUGGUGCCUAUGGAAAUUCAUUUUAUGGAAGCUAUAGCCCUUAUAGUUAUGGAUAUAAUGGGCUGGGCUAUAACCGCCUUCGUAUAGAUGAUCUUCCACCUAGUAGAUUCGUUCAGCAAGCUGAAGAAAGCAGCAGAGGUGCAUUUCAGUCCAUUGAAAGUAUUGUGCAUGCAUUUGCCUCUGUCAGCAUGAUGAUGGAUGCUACUUUUUCAGCUGUCUAUAACAGUUUCAGAGCUGUAUUGGAUGUAGCAAACCACUUUUCCCGAUUAAAAAUACACUUCACAAAGGUUUUUUCAGCUUUUGCAUUAGUUAGGACUAUAAGGUAUCUUUAUAGAAGGUUACAGUGGAUGAUAGGUUUAAGAAGAGGCUUGGAGAAUGAGGACCUAUGGGCAGAAAGUGAAGGAACUGUGGCUUGCCUUGGUGCUGAGGACAGAGCAGCUAACUCAGCAAAAUCUUGGCCAAUAUUCUUAUUCUUUGCUGUUAUCCUUGGUGGUCCUUACCUCAUCUGGAAACUGCUAUCUACUCACAGUGAUGAAGUAACAGACAAUACCAACUGGGCAAGUGGUGAGGAUGACCAUGUAGUUGCUAGAGCAGAAUAUGAUUUUGUUGCUGUAUCUGAAGAAGAAAUUUCUUUCCGUGCUGGUGAUAUGCUGAACUUAGCUCUCAAAGAGCAACAACCCAGAGUACGUGGUUGGCUUCUGGCCAGUCUUGAUGGUCAAACAACAGGACUUAUACCUGCUAAUUAUGUCAAAAUUCUUGGUAAAAGAAGAGGUAGAAAAACAGUGGAAUCCAGUAAAAUUUCCAAGCAGCAACAGUCUUUUACCAACACAACACUAAUUAAAGGAGCCACAGCUGCUGAUUCUUUGGAUGACCAGGAAGCUGCCUUUGAAUCUGUUUUUGUUGAAACUAAUAAGGUUCCGGUUGCAUCUGAUUCCACUGGGAAAAAUGGAGAUAAACAAGAUCUUUGAUAACUUUCAUUGUUUGCCUGAAGUUGAACUAUAGAGUACUUUUUAAAAAUUUCUUCUUCUUUUUUUUUUUUUUUUUAAAUUUCUUCUUACAAAGAAAUUAAUCUACAAUCCAAUGAAAACAUUUGUUAAUGACUAUUUAAGAUGUUUUGCUGCUAGAAAUUAUUAAAGUUGUACACUAGUAUGUUGGUCUAGUGACCUGGUUAUGUUUUACGAGUUAUUGGACCAUGAGGAUAUUUGUUUAGCCUAGAUUAUAAGAUUAUGGAGACUAUCAUUUUCAUCUUAUUUGAAACCCUGUGUUUCUCUUGAAAGAGAUUGAUGAACUGUAGAAUACACAGUUUGCUAUAGUAGGGAUCACUAAUACAUUUUAAAAUUCUAGUUUAAUUGACUUGGAAUCCUCAGGAAUUGAGUGACAGCAUGAGAACAGGCUAAUUUUUCUACAACUUUAAAUAAACUGAAUAAUAAAAAUUUUCUGAUGUGUAUUACAUCCAGUAUUGGGUUUGCUUUAGGCAGUAGUAAAAUGUUUUCACCCAACAACAAUUAAUGCUAUUAUGUUUUAUUGUAUUUUUGAAAAUUUUAUCUUAGAAAGCUUGCUAAAAGCAUUGUGAAGGAAAUGGUUCCAGGGUGAUAGUUAGCCCGAAUAGUUUUCCUUGCUAGUGAAAAGGCUAUAAUUUAUCUUUCUUACAGAUUGCUUCCUUUUCUUCAGAGGGUCAUAUGACUUUUUAUAUGUAUGACUAGUUUUCAUCCUGGGUGAAUUAGAAUUCUUAAUCUGAAAGAUUUACUUUGUUUUUCUCCAGCCUAGACUCAAGUUCUUUAAGUUUGCAACUCAAUUCUAGCAGUAAUGGUUUUAAAUCUUUUCACAGAUUCUCUGCUUCUACCUAUUAAAAUUAUUUUUUAAAUUCCAUAUUCGGGCUGUUCUUUAAACAUUGAGAGUGUGUUACAUUGGGUACAUAUUUCUUUUAGGUUCAGUUUUUACUACUGAGACUAUAAAUAAAAUGCUGAAUUGCCAUUUAGAAUAUGAUAAUAUUAUUUGACUUGUUUAGGAAUGAUUUUAGGUACAGUUAAAUUUCAGUACACUGAAUAUUUCCCCACAAAAUUGGAAAAUUCAUAUACUUGCUAUUAUCAUAUUACAAAAAUAAUAUCAGUUAUACAGAGUAUGAAAAUACAUUACAGAUAUUGUUGAAAACUUGAAAUUAUUUGAUAAAGACUUGAUCUUUUUCUUAUAGAGUUUAUGUUCAACAACUAAGUAAUUCUGGAAUAGUUCAAACUAAAACAUUAGGAACCAAGUAUAUGUAUAAUCAACAUAGAAUUUUACUAAAUACUUCUUGGGAACCUCUCUUUUGUGACAAUAUAGUAAGUAAUGUAUCAUUUAAAAUACAAUGUUGACCCCAUGCAGAAAAAAGUAAUAAAAUAGUAAAAUUGUUAUCUAGAUGUAUUUUUCUAACACCUAGUUCUUCAAACCUUCAAGUUGAGGAGAUUAAGUUACUUAUAUACUAUUUUCCAUUUGUAUUCUACAGUUAGAGGUUCUGCUUUGCUUUGUUAGAAAGUCAUUUAUGGAAAUUUUGUUCUUGAAACAAAGUUUUUAUAAGACAAAUUAUUAAAUUUGAUGUUGAGACAUCUAAAUUGAAUGCAAGUAGAGGUGAAAUUUUGAGUUGGUGCUAUUUAGAUUAGAAAAGGGGUCUUUAUGAUUGCCAUUAAAGAUGUAUAGGGACAAGAGUAUAGCACAAAAUAAAUGAAAAAAACAAUUUGACUUUUCUUAUGGUUUUGUUUUUUUUUUUUUUUUUGGUUAAGAAUGCUAAAUUGCAACAUACAUUUUAUGUACAUUAUUUGUGUCUAAAAAUUCCUUUUAUAAUAAGAAUCUAGAAAAGGAAUUUAGGAAUAAGCAGAGAAAUUUUGUAACCUUUCUUAUCAUGACAGUUUUAGGUUUCAAUAUUGUUAUUUUUAGAAACUUAUUUAAGGACUGCUGCUUUCUAGAAAUUACAAACUGAAACAAAAACAUUUUCAAUUAAAUACAAUAAUCACAAGUUACAACAAUAAAACAGGUUUCAUUUAAAUUUUUUUCUGAUUGUAGUUUAUCAGUAUAGAAAGGAAAAAGGUAAGCUUUAUAAAUUUUCAUGUUUUAACAUUUUAUUUAGGUAUUUGAUUUAGUCUAUCAGUGUGUCAUAUAUUUACUUGAAUACUGAUGUCCUUUAUCUUGUGCUAAGAACAAAUGUUAAAUGCAGUUAACAUUUUAUUUUUAAUAGAUUGUGAAGUUAUUUUAUUGGACAAAUAAAAAUAUAUUAAACUUGAUUGACAUUUUCUGAAGACAAACUGUUAACUCUUUACGGGAUUGCAAUUAAUGUAAAAGUCUGUUUUUCUUCAUAUCAUUGUGUAUAUUAGCUACUGCAGAUCCAUGUGUCUUUUCUAUUGUGAUUAAAGAAAAUAUUGAAUUUACACUUAUAUAAAACUUACCUUUAAGAUGAGUUAA